UCUCAGCACACAGGCAACAAGCAGAUUCCUGACCAUCUGCCCCCAGAACUGACGGACAAUUUGGAAGGGGCAGAAUUAUCAAGAGUGAAAAUGGUGUUUGAGAUCGUUCAACUGGUGGAACAGAUCCUGUCAGAGUUCCGGCUGCAGGAAGAGGAUCUGAAGAAGGUCAUGCGUCGGAUGCAGAAGGAAAUGGACCGAGGGCUAAAGUUGGAGACGCACGAGGAAGCUUCUGUGAAGAUGCUGCCCACCUAUGUACGCUCUACCCCUGAGGGCUCAGAGGUGGGAGAUUUCCUGUCUUUGGAUCUUGGGGGCACCAAUUUCCGAGUGAUGCUGGUAAAAGUGGGGGAAGGUGAAGAAGGACAAUGGAAUGUGAAAACAAAGCACCAGAUGUAUUCCAUCCCAGAAGAUGCCAUGACAGGAACAGCAGAAAUGCUCUUCGAUUACAUCUCGGAAUGCAUCUCCGACUUCCUAGAUAAACACCAGAUGAAACACAAAAAGCUACCUCUGGGCUUCACGUUUUCCUUCCCCGUUAGACAUGAGGACAUCGACAAGGGGAUUCUGCUGAACUGGACUAAAGGCUUCAAAGCCUCAGGAGCAGAAGGAAACAAUGUAGUAGGGCUCCUGAGAGACGCUAUCAAACGGAGAGGGGACUUUGAGAUGGAUGUGGUUGCAAUGGUCAAUGACACGGUGGCGACAAUGGUAUCGUGCUACUAUGAGGAUCAUCGGUGUGAAGUUGGCAUGAUCGUGGGCACAGGUUGCAAUGCUUGCUACAUGGAGGAGUUGCAGAAUGUGGAACUGGUAGAAGGGGAUGAGGGUCGGAUGUGUGUAAACACCGAAUGGGGAGCCUUUGGAGCCGCUGGCGAGCUGGACGAGUUCCUUCUGGAAUAUGAUCGUGUGGUGGACGAGACUUCGCUUAACCCCGGUCAUCAGCUGUAUGAGAAGAUCAUAGGAGGGAAAUACAUGGGAGAAAUUGUACGAUUAGUGCUGCUAAAACUUGUCAAUGAGAAUUUGCUCUUCAAUGGAGAAGCUUCAGAGAAGCUGAAAACCAGAGGGUCCUUUGAAACUCGUUUUAUCUCACAAAUUGAAAGUGAUCCUGGUGACCGCAAGCAGAUUUACAACAUCCUGACUUCCUUUGGGCUGUUGCCCUCGGUAACGGACUGUGACGUUGUUCGUAUGGCAUGUGAGAGUGUUUCCACGCGGGCUGCACAGAUGUGUUCAGCUGGGUUGGCGGGAGUCAUCAACCGCAUGAGGGACAGUAGGAGUGAAGAGACCCUGAAGAUCACCGUGGGUGUUGACGGCUCAGUCUACAAGCUGCACCCCAGCUUCAAAGACCGGUUCCACGCCACAGUCAGGCAACUGACGCCCGGCUGCGACAUCACCUUCUUGCAGUCAGAGGAAGGCAGCGGCCGGGGAGCGGCUCUCAUCUCGGCGGUAGCAUGCAAAAUGGCCUGCAUGAUCGGCCAGUGAAGAGGCACUGGCCAAGGACCCUUGAAAGGGAAGCUGCCUGCCUGGGAAAUGCCUCCCCCCAGUGCCAGGUUGAGUUCGCUUCGGAGUGUGCCGAGGAGCAGAACCGGCAACGGAAGGUUUUCCU